CGAACUUCACAGAUGCUUCUUUUGCCCACCGUUGCUGUUUGGUCGCCGUCACCAUUAUGUGAGUUGUAACAUGUGUUUGAUAUCUCUGACUCAAGUAUGAGUUCCCCUCCGGCCUCUUUAGGUGACUUAUUAUCCCACUCUCCCGGCCGCGAAUUCGAGCAAACUCCUCACCGAGUUCUCCCACCCCGUCCAUCUCAGACUCCGCCACAGAGACCCGCACAACCUCCUCGCCUUCCCUCUUCCCCGAGACUCUUCCGCGAAUUCUUCGAUGCUAUGUCAGAUACUGCUUCUCGUAGGCAGGCCACUUUACCUCGAGCAAAUUACCAAGAUACAGUCCAGGACGUGAAUCGAGCCUUACGCAGUGCAAACCGGGCGUUGCAGGAAGCGCAGGACGCAUUUCACCAAGUUAGACGAUUCAGACCAGGUACAAGGCCCGGUAUAACUGAAAGCCGCGCUCUUAGGAUCAGGCACGGGCUUCCAUCAAAUUCUCCCAGCCCACCAGACCAUUCAGCGGAAUCUCACUUCAUCUCGCGAACAACGCACCCUCAUGAUUCCACCUCGAACCAGAGAUCAAGGAGACUGAAUACCCUCGACGAACCGGUCUACGGACAACCACCACGCCGUUUGCCUAACGCUGAGGCUGAGGAUUCUUUGCCUGUUCUGAGACUCUUUCCAAUACCAGCGACACACCUACCUCGACUGCCUCACCUUCAGGCCGAUCACAACCGCCUCCAAGCCAUCGUGGAUCAGGAAGCUAUAAACCGCCAACGAGAAAACCAUUCGAGUUGGGAGCGCAUGCAGGCUAGAAACCGAGACCAAAUCCAAUGCCGAUCUCGAAACCCUUCCCCUGAAAUGUCCCCUCCGCGCUCUUCCUCUUCGAGGAGAACCCGGCACCAGGCCUCGUCCCCACCCGCAGACCCUACGAUAGAGUCAGUCGAUCUUACUGGUGUCGAUGACAAUGCCGGGCUUUCUGCAGCGCUCGCGAAACAACGUGAAGAUGCUAUACUCUCACAAAAUCCAGGGACGGAGGCAGGACGGACACCAUUGACAGCAUAUAAAUGUCCAGUAUGUAUGGACGUACCCACGGACGCUACGUCUACUAUUUGCGGACACGUCUUCUGCCACCGCUGCAUCAUUGAUACUCUCAACUGGUCUAUCGAGCAGAGACGUGAAGAUGCCCCCAGGAGUCGCAAGGUCAAGGGUGUUUGUCCGGUCUGUCGAAAGCAGCUAGAUACCAAGGACAUCCCAGGCCCAACGAGAAGUCUGGUACCGCUUGAGUUGAAAUUGCUGGUCAGGAAGAGGAAGAGAGAUGACAAGGGAAAGCAGAAGUUGGUGAAGGCCGAAACUAUUAGUGAUGAUGAGGAUGACGACGAAGGCAACGGAGCUGACAAGGAAACCCCCCGUGCACGGAAGCGGAAGCGCGAGACUACAGAAGACGCGAUGUGGGAAGAGUUCAUGGAGGUCAACUGACGUUAUAUUGUUUUUGAUGAUACCCACGAAUUGCAACUCAUGAUGGCGUAUGAUAGAUUGAACGGAAGACACGGACUACCGUGAGCAUCAGCAUGGCGUUUCAGGGACGAGUGCUAAUAUUUCGGAUUUCAUCGUGGAACACAUUUGCAUAGCACUCGACACCGUUUUCUCGCUUUGGUUGUGGACCACUCGGAGCAGUCAGUAGUUGAAUGAUAAGAAAAGUCUGAAAGCCAAACGUGAGAGCGUAGGCAGGAUUGUAUGGACAUUA